AUGUCAGCACUACGGAUUCUUGUCCCCGUGAAGCGGGUAAUCGACUAUGCUGUCAAGCCCCGAGUCAACAAAACCCAAACGGGUGUCGAAAAAGCCGGUGUCAAGCACUCCAUGAACCCAUUCGACGAACUCUCUGUUGAAGAAUCAGUGCGAAUCCGAGAGAAGAAGCGCGCCCCCGGUGGUGUUGAGGAUAUCUGCGUCAUCUCUGCAGGCCCACCCAAAGCGCAAGAUGUGCUACGAACAGCCAUGGCCAUGGGCGCAGACCGUGGCAUUCACGUUGAAAUCAAGGAGGGCGAGGAGAUCGAACCCUUGACAGUAGCCAAGCUUCUCCAGAAGGCCGUGGAACAACAGAAGAGCAACCUGGUGGUCCUGGGCAAGCAGAGCAUCGACGAUGACGCCAACCAGACGGGUCAGAUGUUGGCGGGUCUGUUGGGAUGGCCACAGGCUACACAGGCGAGCAAGGUCGAAUUCGGCGCCAACGACGAGGUUACUGUUACAAAGGAAGUGGAUGGUGGUGUCGAGACGGUGCGCGCCAAGCUGCCCAUGGUUAUCACUACGGAUCUCCGACUCAACGAGCCUCGAUAUGCAAGUCUGCCCAACAUUAUGAAGGCCAAGAAGAAGAAGCUGGAGAAGACAAAGCUUGAGGACUUUGGAUUGGAUGGAGUGAACCGCCUCAAGACACUCAAGGUUGUUGAGCCUCCUGCUCGACAGGGUGGUGGCAAGGUGGAGGAUGUCGGUGGCCUGGUUAGCAAGCUCAAGGAGCUUGGUGCUCUGUAA